AUGGAAAAAGUGUAUAGGCCUCUGAUUUGGAUUGUGAACUUUGCCAUGAAUGAAAUGCAGGAUUUUUAUGGGACUAAGCUUAGAUACAUAAUUAACUUACAAAAGGGUGGCACUGCGCCAUUUGUUUGAUUCUUGAUGAAUUACUACCAAAAUUUUGAGAUAGGAGCCUGGGCUUAUUUAGUACUGCAUGGAAGCUAUGGAAUUGUAUGGCUUAUCAAAGACUGUGCAUUUCCUGAUAAGAAUUUUGAUAAGAAGGUAUCAGUCCUAGCAAUAACUCUUGUAAGCGCUGUCCUGCUCUUAUAUUGGGUACUACCAUGACUACUAAUAAGUAGAACUGCAAGCCAAAUAAUAAGCCCAGAAAGGAUAGCCAUCUCUGUUUCUCUCGUAGUAAUCGGAGUGUGCAUAAUGAUAGCAAGCGAUGCUCAAAAAUAUUUUACUUUAGAAUACAAAAAAGGCUUAAUUUCUGAGGGAAUGUUUUCUUAUUCGAGAAACCCAAAUUAUUUUGGCGAAAUAUUAAUUUAUUUAGGCUUUGGAGUGCUGGUCGGCCACUGGCUGUCUUAUACAAUUUUAUUCACGAUUUGGACAACAAUUUUUAUGAGUCUAAUGAUUCAAAAAGACCAAUCCUUGAAAAAGAAAGAUGGAUGGAAUGAGUACAAGAAAAGGUCUUGGAUCUUACUCCCUAAGCUUGUUCCCAGUUCAUCUACAUUGACAAUAGGAAUUUAUGCUAUUAUUUUUUCAGCAUUAUAUUUAAAAAUAGCCUAA